AAUGGCAAAACUCACUCUCUCAGUCUCCGUUUGUCUUCUGGGAUUGUUUCUUCAGGCUGAAUGUUCAGUUUUUAUCGAUAAGCAACAAGCAAGCUCAGUUUUGCCCAGGCAAAAGAGGUUCAAUUCCAAAAGGCUGGAGGAGGUUGUUGCAGGGAACCUCGAGAGGGAAUGCAUCGAAGAAAAAUGCAGUUAUGAAGAAGCACGAGAAGUUUUCGAAAACGAGGAAAAGACGAUGGAGUUUUGGAAAGGGUACCUUGAUGGAGAUCAGUGCAACCCAAACCCAUGCAAGAAUGGAGGCUCCUGCCAGGACGAACUGAAUUCCUACGUGUGCUGGUGCUUGCUGGGGUUCGAAGGGAGGAACUGUGAGCUAGAUUCAACCUGCGCGACCAAGAAUGGAGGGUGCAAGCAAUUCUGCAGGAAUGACCCGCAACACAAAGUGGUUUGCUCCUGUGCCGCUGGCUACACACUUCACGAAGACAGAAAAACCUGUAUCCCGGCAGUGCCAUUUCCCUGCGGGAGGAUUUCAGCGCCAGAAGCCAAAGGCAAGAUCACCCGAGCCAUGAACACUUUUGAGGACUGGGACAUCACCAAUUCUACCGAGGACGAAGCUGCAGACAACGCCACAGGCAGCGUGACAGACUACAUGACGGGCAACGCUACCGACGAUGUGACGCCCAACCUGAGGCGCAUCGUGCCCGUCACCAAAUCAGAUACGCGAGUUGUUGGUGGGACAGAUAGCAAGAAGGGGGAAAUCCCUUGGCAGGUUCAUCUGAGGCAUAAGGAUGCAGGAUUUUGUGGUGGGUCUAUUGUCAAUGAGAGAUGGAUUGUAACGGCAGCACACUGUCUGGAGCCUGGGGCAGAGAUUACCGUGGUAGCAGGUGAACACGAUACCAAGGCUGAGGAUGACACUGAGCAGCACCGGAAAGUAAUAAACAUCAUUCCCCACCCCACCUACGAUGCCAAGGUCAAUAAGCACCAUAAUGACAUUGCGCUGCUGGAGCUGGAGAGUCCCCUGCAGCUCAACAGUUACGUUACGCCCAUCUGCAUCGCAAGCAAGGACUUCACCAACAACCUCCUGAAGAACGGGAUGGGCACCGUGAGCGGCUGGGGGAGCCUGCUGUUCCGCGGCCGGCCGGCCCAAGUCCUGCAGGUCCUGAAAGUGCCGUACGUCGACCGCUCAACGUGCCUGAAAAGCAGCUCGUUUUCCAUCUUGCAGAACAUGUUCUGUGCAGGUUACCCAGCAGGAGGGAAAGACACCUGCACGGGGGACAGUGGAGGCCCUUACGCUACAGACAUAGAAGGGACCUGGUUUCUCACCGGAAUAACCAGCUGGGGAGAGGACUGUGCGCAGAAGGGCAAAUAUGGGAUCUACACCCGAGUGUCCCGAUACGCCAAGUGGAUUCAAAACACGACAAAGCUCCCUUAAUCAACACAGACUUAGACACUGCCGCUGCUUCCCUCUGCAUUGACUGACCGCUGGGGAAUCCCGCAGUCCUAAUUCAGUCCUUCUUGAAUCAUGACAUUUUAACGCGCGGUGAUAAUUGAACUAAUUUUUCUUUUUUUGAAGAACAAAGAAUAUCGAGAGCCCGGUGUAUGCAUGG